UGUCGUAGUUUUAUUCGGGUUAACAACUUCAAAACUUUGAUAAAGUUUAUAUAGUGUAAAGUUUAAUUGACAGUGACAUUUAGAUUCAGGAUAGAGUGGAUGAAGUUAGUUCUGUAUUCCAAAAAUAUUACCGUAGGAUUUUAAAUAUUAAUUUUCUCCAGCUAAAAGUGGUUGACAAGAAAAUAUCAAAGUGAAUAUGAUUAAAGAUUUAUGCAAAGAAUAAGAUAUUGAUAAAUAUGACAACAAUGUCAAAGCGUGAAUAUCAUUCUUAGGAAUAAGAUAAAACAAAUUGUUUUAAAAAUUAUCCGAAAAUACAUUUAUGAUCUAUCUUGUUUGGUGUGAUUGACGCUCGGUUUUGCAGCUGGACGAGAACUUGAUCGAAAUGGGAAUGAAAUAUUUCAUUUUAUUAGUGAAUAUCGUAUUUGGAUUAUCUUAUUUCAAAGGUGUGGAGUGCACAUGCUCAUCAUUAUAUUCUCAAAUACAAACUGAUAAAAUUGCUACUAUGUGUAAAAGUGGUGUGGUACAAGGCGUCGAUGUUUUCAUUGACACAGAUUUAGGACAAACAUUAACGCUGAAUUCCGGUACAGCAUGUAGAUGUAAUUUACAAACCCAACGUGGUAAACAAGUCAAAGUAAGCUCACAUUUCGCUGGACCUCAGCGUAGUAACUGCGGUACAUCUGUAGACUUCACAGGCGGUGCCCUGGGGCAUCACACGGUAUUAUCAACGCCUUGUUACUCGUACCAGUUUGAUGUAGCAAGCCACACCUACACUAAUAUGUCAGUGGGUUUAAGAAGGGAUUAUGACCCUUAUUCGUCACCAUAUUGCAUUCGUUUCUCCCUAAAUUAUUGUGGCAAUAAUGAGCACCAAUGUGGUGACGGCACGUGUAUUCCCGCCUUUAACAAAUGUGACUUUUUCCCGGACUGUGAUGACGAGUCCGACGAAAUCUCAUGUGGCAGCAUCACCUGCUCCGAAGGACAGAUAGCAUGUGACGAUAACGCAUUCUGCAUCAACCCGUCUGACCGAUGUGACGGGGUUUAUCAGUGUCCCGACCAAUCUGACGAAUUAGCAAAAUACUGCGACCCAGAUUAUAGACCUGGUAGCAACUCUGAUGGGGUAUCUAAUGAACUUCCGCCGCCAUUGAUUACUAUUACUUGCGAGGAGAGUGAUUUCUUUCCUGAGCCAACCACGACUACUACAUCAACUACAGCUGCAACAACCAGCACUACCUCAAUAUCAUCAACCACGCCCACAACCACGCCUACAAGCUCUACCACCACAUCUUCAACCACAACAACAAAGCCUACUUUACCCACUUACACAACCACGUCUUCUACCACUUCAACAACAACUUCUACAUUACCUACUUCGACCACGCCUUCUACAACAACAACUUCCACCACGCCCACAUCAACAACUUCAAUCACGCCUGUUUCGUCAACAGUCGUUUCUGCGACGCCUUCUACAACACCAACAACAUCUAAAUCUACCUCAACCUCUACAACUACUACAUCUCCUUCCACAACAACUUCUUCAUCUACACCUGCAACCACGCCCACAACAACAACUGCGAGCAAGCCUACAACCACAACAACUGCAACCACACCUACCACCACAACAACAAUAACUGCAACCAAGCCUACCACCACAACAACAACAACAACUGUUACUACGCCCACAACAACAAUUGUGACAAUGCCUACUUCAGCAGAAACUGUAACCACGCCUACAACAAAAUCUACGCCUACCACAAAAACAACUGUAGUCAUGCCUACCACUACAACUAUUACCACGCCUACCACAACAACGACUGUGACCACGCCCACCACGACAAGUACACCUACCACCACAACAACAAAAGUGACAACAGCACCAAAACCCAGAUGCAACAUAGAAUCACAAUUCCAGUGUGGCAAUGGAUCAUGUAUUCCAAUUUCAUGGCGGUGUGACAGUCUUAAUGAUUGCACGGACAACUCCGAUGAAUCUGGAUGCUCAAGUUAUGUAUGUGGAGAAAACAUGUUCCUAUGUGAUGAAAGACGAACAUGUAUAAAGUCAAAGGAAAGAUGUAACGGCAAAUUCGAAUGCCCUGAUUUAUCUGACGAACUUCCAAAAUAUUGUGGUACUCCAACAAAAGCGGCGCCUCUAGCAGACAAAGAUGAUGAUCUAGAUAUAGCUAUAAUUGUCGGUAUUGUGUGCGGUGUGUUGUUUCUCCUCCUUUUAUUAAGCUGUAUCGUUUACUGGGUAAAAACAAAAAAUUGGUAAGAUUUUAUAUUCUGUACUAUACUCCCAUGUUAUGACAUGUAAUCUCUGAAAUAUGAGCCGCGUCAU